AUGGCUGACGGCUACGACCCACAAAAGUCCCGCGUGGCAGAGGACACGCUUGCCGAUUUCCUCCGCGCGCCCCUCACUGGCGAUCUCACAGAGGUGCCUGGUAUUGGAAAGGCGGCAGUGACAAAGCUCAGUGAGGCGUCCGAAGACGGGGACGAGGCCGUGACGAACACGUUUCAACUCAUUGGCAAGUUCCUCAUGCUCAAGGAGAAUUCGGAUGACAAUGACGACGGGGUCAUUGACUGUGCAGCCCAUUGCGACGCGUUUUGGUUCUGGCUCAAAUCAAAGGGCAUCACGGCCUACAGAAGCGGCAUUGUAAUGGCCAUUGCUGAGAAGGUGAACACGAUGCUGCCUGGUAUUUAUGACGCGGCAGACUUUCAAUAG